AUGUCUUCAGACAAAAUCACAUUUUUAUUAAACUGGCAAGCUGCCCCAUACCAUGUCCCAGUCUAUUUGGCUUCCAUGAAAGGCUAUUUUAAAGAACAAGGAAUUGAUGUCGCUAUUCUAGAACCAAGUAACCCAUCUGAUGUGACUGAAUUGAUUGGUUCGGGUAAAGUUGACAUGGGUCUAAAGGCUAUGAUCCAUACCCUUGCUGCUAAGGCCAGAGGUUACGAUGUCACUUCUAUCGCUUCUUUAUUGGACGAGCCAUUCACCGGUGUCUUGUACUUGGAAGGUAGCGGUAUUACCCAAGACUUCAACUCUUUGAAGGGUAAGAAAAUCGGAUACGUUGGUGAAUUCGGUAAGAUUCAAAUCGAUGAAUUGACCAAACAUUACGGUAUGAAACCAACGGAUUACGAAGCUGUCAGAUGUGGUAUGAACGUUGCCAAAUACAUCAUUGAAGGUAAGAUCGAUGCUGGUGUUGGUAUUGAAUGUAUGCAACAAGUUCAACUUGAAGAAUACUUGAAGGAAAAAGGCAGAGAUCCAAAGGACGCUAAGAUGUUGAGAAUUGACGAACUUGCAUGUUUGGGAUGUUGUUGUUUCUGUACCAUCUUGUACAUCGCCAAUGACAAAUUCUUGGCUGAAAACCCUGUCAAGGUUAAGAAGUUCUUGAAUGCUAUCAAGAAAGCAACUGACUUGGUUUUGCAAGAUCCUGAACAAGCAUGGAAGGAUUACGUUGACUUCAAGCCUCAAUUGAACGACCCAUUGAGUUACAAGCAAUUCCAAAGAUGUUUCGCUUACUUCUCCUCUUCCUUGUACAACGUCCAUCGUGACUGGAGAAAGGUUACUGCUUACGGUAAGCGUUUGGAUAUCCUUCCAACUGAUUUCAAAUCAAACUACACUAACGAGUACUUGUCCUGGGAAGAACCUACCGAAGUUGAUGAUCCAUUAGCUGCUCAAAGAUUAAUCAAAGCCCAUCAAGAAGCUUGCAGAGACCAAGGUGGUUUCUUCAAGAGAGUUGAGCUAAAAUAA